CGUUUAUUGGAAUGCAGAAACUAAAGAUUAGGGUUCUGAUCAUUCCAUUCACAAGCCAAAGGCAACAUGCCGGAAAAAAAUUUACCUUGGGUGUUUUUUUAUGAAGCGUUUAGCCCUUAUUACGCAAAUCAGAAGAGGAUGGUGAUUUUCUGGAGUUGCGGGAAAAAUAUAGGAACCUUCCGUUUGCCCUUUCCGAUCUGAGGAGAAGGCCAUUUGCACCGCCGCUGCGACUUCUCCACCACUCCUGUUUUCACCCAAACGACGCCGAUCCAGCCGUCCCCAUUUCGUCUGGGAAUGAUGAAGUCCCUCUUCUCCAGCAACGCCCGAGCUCGCCGCCGACUUUUCCUUCUCCUCCGCCAAAACCCUUCAGGUACUCCUUCCCCUUCUUCUCCUCUCCACCGAAGCUUGGUCUUCUACUCGUCCUCCUCCGCCUUGUCUUGCACCGCCUUUCGCGGUGGCCGUGGACUCGCUUGUGCUACUGCCUCUCCUUGCGGAGUUUCAGAGACGACCAAGAAAACCCCCUUAUCACCAUCUCCUCCCCUGCUGCGGGGGUUAAUACGACGGGCGCAUUCGUUGCAACUUCUGCAAAACGAAGAGAAGGAAGGCCGCCGAAGAGGGGAGGAAGAUGGAGAAGAAGAAGACAGUACCAUGAACGAAUUCCUCUCCAGAUUCGUGUCCGUCAUGCGGGGAAAGCUAUGCGAUGUAUAUCCAGAUUGCGGCAAGGACACCAUCAACAGCAUGCUCGUCGUCAUUGUCCAGAAGGUCGUCGCCGAGCUGGAGAAGGGCUCCAUUGAACACAUGAUCACCGAUGCUUCCUCUACCGCCUUGGCCAUGGGAGGAAUACAAUCCCACGACGAUCUGAGUCUGGACUUGUGGACGACGGUCUGGGAGGCGAGCAACCUCAUAUUGGAAGACAUGAGGAAGACGAGGAAGAGGGAAGAGAUGAAAAAGUGCCUGCAGGCGGAGGACGUCAAGGCAAUGUGCCAGUUUGCGAGGGACGUGGGCGUGAGGGGAGACAUGCUCCGGGAGAUGAGACUCAAAUGGGCGGAAGAGAAAUUCUCAGAGCGUGAGUUCUACCGCAGCUUGGAGAGUCUGAAAGCCGAGUCCGAUGCUGCGAGUACUCGGCUGAUUGAAUCACCUGCUAAUGCUGAUGAUGGUAGUGGUGAUGUCGAUGGCAUUGGUCACUCUGGUGCUGAUGGUGGCGAGGAAGGAUCUUCUCCGUCAGUUGUAUUGCCGCAGAGACGUGGGAAAAUCAAGUAUCGAAUAUAUGGACUGGACAUGUCGGAUCCCAAAUGGGGAGACGUGGCAGAGCGGCUGGCCCAGGCAGAGAAGGUGAUCGUUCCCGAAGAACCUAAGAUGAUAACUGGAAAAUGUAAACUCGUUACGCAGAAAAUCCUAUCCUUAUCAGAGAAUGAGGACCCAUCUGCAUUGUUGGCAGAAUGGGCGGAGCUUCUUGAACCGGGGAAGGUGGAUUGGUUAGCUUUGUUGGAUAAGUUGAAAGAGCGUAAUCCAGUACUCUCCUUCAAGGUUGCUGAACAGUUACUGAGCGAACAGUCAUUCAUGGCAGACAUUCGUGACUAUUUCAAGUUGAUAGAUGGUCAUGCGAAGGAAAACCGUGUGGAAGAUGCUGAGAGGAUUCUUCAGAAAAUGAUAGCUAAAGGAAUUACUCCAGACAUUCUAACUCAAACGGUUUUGGUUCAUAUGUAUAGCAAAGCUGGCAACCUUGAACGUGCCAAAGCAGCGUUUGAUGACAUAAGGAACCAUGGUUUCCGCCCUGAUGCAAAGGCAUACAACUCUAUGAUCCUGGCUUACGUAAAUGAUGGCCAGCCAAAGGCAGGAGAAGCACUUAUGAGGGAAAUGGAAGCAAGGGAUAUAAAACCUACGAAGGAGAUAUACAUGGAACUUUUGAGAUCCUUUGCUCAACGUGGUCAUGUUGAUGGGGCUCAAAGAAUUGUUAACACCAUGCAGUUUGCUGGCUAUCAACCUGAUCUGGAGUCAUGUACACUGCUUGUGGAGGCAUAUGGGCAAGCAGGUGAUCCUGAUCAGGCAAGGAACAACUUUGAUUUUAUGAUUAAAGCAGGCCACAAGCCGGACGACAGAUGCACUGCCAGCAUGAUAGCAGCAUAUGAAAAAAAGAAUUUGCUUGACAAGGCAUUAGCUCUGCUGUUGGAUCUGGAGAAGAAUGGGCUUGAACUUGGGGUCUCCACCUACACAGUCUUGGUCGAUUGGCUGGGGAAACUGCAGCUUGUUGAUGAAGCAGAGCAGGCCCUGAAUAAGAUUGCUGAGAAGGGGAAGGCCCCUUUCAAGAUUAACAUAAGCCUCUGUGACAUGUAUGCAAGGGCAGGCGUAAAAAAGAAGGCACUAGAAGCCCUGGGAAUCAUAGAGAGUAAGCUGGAGAGCUUGAGAGUGGACGAGUUUGAGAGGAUAAUACAUGGCCUCCUAGCAGGUGGGCUCGUGAGUGAUGCAAAGAGAAUCCAUGAAGUCAUGCAGAAACAAGGGCAUCCAUCAUCAGAGCCAAUCAAAGUUGCCCUCAUGACUGCUCAAGUAAUUCCUCGGCAAAAGUCAUGGACCAGAUAAAACAGCAACCCAGAUUUUGUCAGUCCAGUCUGCUCCCCCCUUCUUGGCGUAUGCCGUCGUGUAAUAGGCAGUUUCUUUUCCUUUUUUAGUUUCCACAUAAUCUUGAGGAGAAAAACUUUAGGUCUCUCUGCUCUGCCCUCUAACACCCACACCCUUGUGUAAAUGAUGGAUGGUUCAUUUCUUAUAUGGAGUUUCUUUGUGACGUA